AUGGGCCAGACACACCGCGUGCAGGUGCUGCGCGCGUACCGGGAGCUGCUGGGGCUGAUCAAGCGGCUGCCCGAGGCGCAGCGCGCCGCGCAGUGGGCCGAGGCGCGGCAGGCGCUGCGGCGGCACGCGGGCGAGGCCGACCAGGCGCUGCGGCUUGACCUGUUCAAGCAGCUGGCAGCCCGCAUCAGCUUCCUGCGGGUCAUUACGCCCCGCCGGCCGGGGGAGGCAUCCUCCCUAGGGCAAGCGCACUACGUGCUGCGCGAGGGGCAGCUGGUGGAGGGGAGCGGCGAGACGGCGGGCACGCGCGUGGCGGACGGUUCGAUGAGCACAGCUGAGGCGCGGCAGCGGCACCAGCAGCUGCUGAAGCGGCAGUUCUUCGGGCGGGAGCCGCCGCGCUACAACCCAUCCUCCUUCUAG